UACAGAACCUACAGACGUUAGAUCGUCGGGCAGGGAGCGCAUCUCCCGCCUGGAAAGAAGAUCGGCUCUUCUGCUCAGAUCUCGUUUGUGCCGCCUUCCCGGAAGACGUUCUCGAGCCUGCACCUUUCUCGAGUUGCCAAGACUUCUUGUCAAUCUCGCAGCUCUUAUAUCGAAGAACAACUGCUUACGGAGAAGCGUGCCUAAGGUGUUAAGCCUGCGGCACCAAGCCUCGCACGGGGACACCCUUAAAGAGCCCCAAAGACCGUGGACGAUCGAACUCGUACAGGACAAAUAUUUAACUCUUUUUUUUGCAAACAUCAUCUGAAAUGCGCCUCACAACACCAUCCGGCAUGUGCGAAGAAUCGACAACCGCGACUACUCGACGCCGCAAGGGCAUCCUCAAGGCGCCGCGCCAUUCUUCGAGCGACUUCAGCGAUGACAGCAGCAGCAGCAACAGUAGCAUUCUCAGCAUCAGCGACGAUGCAAGCGUCUCGUCCAGAAGCGAGAUCGAGUCGAGCGAUUCAUCCGGCGUCAUACUUUACGACAGACAGACUUUCCUGGAUGUGAACGUGAGGAACCCGAUCGUCCACCAAGUAAAAGGAGAUGUUCACACGUCAUACGACAUUUCCAUUGAGACGAACAACAGCUCCUUCACAAUGUCCCGGUCGACGGUCCGAAGGAGGUAUUCUGAGUUCAUAUACCUGAAAAGCUUACUCAAGGAACUGCAGCCUUCCUUGACUCCACCCCGCCUACCGCCGAAGACGCUGAUGAAAAGAUUCGACGACAAGUUUAUAGAAGACCGUCGUGCGGGCCUUGAGUCUUUCUUGAGAAAUGUCCUGACAGAGCCACUCUACCUCUCCAACAAGAGUCUGCACCUCUUCAUCCAGACCAGCUUGACCAUGAAGGAAAUCGAAGACGUCGUCAAAGGAACAGAAGGCACCUACAUCCCGGAGUCUAAACCGCCCAUUGUACUUUCACUGCACGACGAAGUCUUUGACGAGAUUGGUGACAGCGCGUACGAGUCUGCAGCCGAAGAACUCUCCCCAAACGGCAGUGCCACGGCCGCACCGCGAGGCAUCCUGCGCAAGAAUAGCAGCUUCACCAUGCUUCACAGUUCCAAGUGCUGCCGCGGCGACGGCCACUGUCACCUCCGCAUCGGCUCCAGCAUCUGCGUCUGCACGCCGACGCUCUUGCCGCCGUCUUGGGACAGUAGCCACGACAGCGGCAUGCUUCAGAGCCCGUACUGUCCGCUGCCCAGCACCAGCACGCCUAUACCGAACGGGGUGGCUUCCGAUGCCACCACGGGCACAGGAGGCUCCAACAUUGGUUGCCACAGCGGAGGCGCCAGCCCCGAUCUUCGUGCGAGAAUAACGAGGCUGCGAGCGAGCGCCAGCGACUCGUGCCUGGAGACAAUGGGCAGCAGCAUGAAGAAGCACGUGUCCUUCUCGAGCGCCGUCGAAAUCUUUGACAGGGAGAAGCACGGACGCCGUAGCGUGACACUGUGGCCGCCGGUUCCUGCCGCCUUCGGCGGCGUCGGGCCGUCGCUCUAUUUUUGCUCCUCUUCUCCCAGUGAACAUUCGUCCACUUCCUGAAACGAGGAAAAGCACGCACGUCGCGCCACUUUUAUCAGAACAUUGUAUGGGCCUACGCCACGUUUGCAAACACGCGGGCCAAUCGGGAGUGCUGAGCGUGCGUAGUGGGUCUCGUCCUCCGCCUUAAGCGCCGUUCUGGUCAUAGAAUACUCAUCAGUUCAAAUUAACGUUUGAUAACGCGAAGCGGUUCAUCUGCUACGUGUGGCCAUGCGUGAAAUGCAUAGCCCGUAGCCACUUCGACGCUUCAGCGCAUUUAGCGUCGCAACAUUUGGCGUCAGUUCGGGCACUGAGCACAACAAAGGGCAAAUCAGGAACAGCCCAAAUGUGACGAAUGCUUGCUGCAGCGUAUCCAUGAAGUACUGCUAUAUAGUACUAACGAUUAAACGGCGCAUUUCGCGUUUUGCGAUGCGCGGCAUUUACAGCGAGGAUUGUUGUGCAGACGCUACAUAUGGUGGCCAAAUGUGCGACGAACUACGGCCACCAAACUUAAUAACGCGUUUGUACACUGCAGUUGAAUUUUCCUUCACGCGAAAUUUCUUGCGUUGGGCGAAGAGGUUUAUAGGGGUGAGUGGCUCGCCUGGGGUUGACGCAACAACCAGAGCUUGACAGGCGAUGCUAAGUCCUAACAGGUCGCACUUUAAUCUGAAACCUGGACUGCGCAUGCUUAGCACCCACAACUGGCACGUGUGUUCGUAAACGUGACGUAGAUCUAGAGUUGGCGGCGUGCGUUGCACCGAUAAACUCCAUUGACUUUCUCGCACAGCUUUCUCGUCGCGAAUUGUUUUGUACCCCGUGACUCAUCAAUCGUGUCCGCAUCGUGUUUCACAAGUGCCGUUAGAACGCCAUGUAUUAGUGUUCCAGGGCACGCUGCGAUACCUUGUCAGUUUCGCCUCAUCACACGGACAACGACUCGCGUACGUGCCGUCAAAAUGCGGUUAUGUUUUAUGAAGGCUCACGUGACCCACUACUAAUGGGUUAUUCUGUUAUUAUUCUCAAGGUUACGCGUAACGAUCACAUGCCCAAGCAGCUGUCGGUAUCUUGGGCACCUUUGCAUCAUGAGAAUGCAUAACAGAUCUUUAAACGUUGUGCUUCACGCUCUGGACACACGUGUGUGACAUACUUGACCAUUGCUUAGUAGCAGCUGUUGGACCUGAAUGCUCAUUGGGAGCGUUGCUUGUGUUGCAGGUAUUACUGCGGUCCUUUUUCUGAUUGACCAUUGGAUUUUGUGCGAGGCUCAAGCAGAACAAACUUGGGGCGCAAAUGCAGAAUCUUUGCCACUCGUGCAUUUCGCUGUGAUAUUUUAACAAUCUGGGCAGCAUUUGUGUCACACUAUAAUAUUUUAUGUGGUGUGCUGCAGACAUGGCAAUAUUUUGCUGUAGAGCAAGCUACUUCAGUCAUCUGCAUGUAAUAAAAGGACUAGCUAGUUUGGCACAUGUCUAUCUUUUUUUGUCACACUGAUGUGCGGAUUUUUGACCAGUCUUUCGGCGAGCUAUACGCGAGCGUUAUUUAGACUGCCAUUAUUGACCGCUCUCGUUAUGAGGCUUCUGCACAAAGUUUUUGACGUUAUUCUGUCAGUUUUUAUUUCCCAUGAGCGAUUGAAACUACAGAGCUUUCGAGCAUGUGAACUAGAAUAGACGUAUGCUAAAUAAGGAUGGCACUGUCUAUUGAUGUAUGGCUGCCCUGACCACUUCGUUUUCUCUUUCUUUUUUGUAGAAGAGUUUACGCGUCCUUGAGUGGGUGCCAAAUUGUUUCCCAUCAUCUGUCUGCAUAUUUCACAUAGGGAGUCCUAAUUUAAAUUCAUCACUGUGACUUCACUACCUUUUGUAGUCACAGUACUGUCACGCCAUAUUUUAUACCGAGAACAUUAUUUUUUGCUCAAGUGUUAUUUCUCGCAUUGACUUGAUGUAUUUAUUAGAUUUUAUAUGCAAAUAAACUUUCUGUGCGUGCAAGAA